GAAUAUUAAAAAUGCGUUAGUUUGGCUAUUUUACUACAUCUAUAAAUUGGCAACACUGAAGAAGAGUUCUCUGUAAAGCUUCUCGUAGGAUCGUCAGUAUGACAAAGGGAACAUCAAGUUUUGGUAAGCGGCGCAACAAGACCCACACACUGUGCCGCCGUUGUGGGCGAAGUAGUUUCCACAUUCAGAAAUCCAGAUGUGCUCAAUGUGGCUAUCCUGAUCGAAAGAUGAGGCAUUAUAAUUGGAGUGAGAAGGGAAAGCGUAGGAAGACGACCGGAACUGGCAGAUUACGCCGUCUCAGAAAAGUUUGGAGAAGAUUUAGACACGGCUUUCGAGAAGGCGGCCAGGCAAAGAGCAUGAAGCGUGGAGCAGCAGCCACCGGCUCUGCUAAAUGAAGGCAGUGAUAUCUUUGUAUAGAUACGAAAUAAAAUUUUUUUGGCAAAUCUUAA